UUGAUAUGUCAUUUUCGAAUUGAAUUGUCUAACGGCUAUCUUUUUGUGUCUUGUGGUUUUUCAAAAAACGUGAAAAUGUCAGAGGCCAAUUUGUUAGAGAAAUAUAAACAAUUACAAGUGGAGCUUGAAUCGGCCAAUCAAGCUUUAUACGACUGCCGACGACAAGCGAAAACAACGCAAAGUCUGGAAGUUGAGUACCAGGAAGAAAUUAAAUUAGUACAAAGUCAAGCAGUCGAACAGGAGCAGAUUUUGAAAGCCAGAAUUCAACAACUGGAAGACGAGAAUCAAAAUACACGGACCAUCAACAAUGAACGUGUAAGCGACCUGGAGAAAGAGUUGUUGGAUAAAGAGCAGGAAAUAGCCGAUUUGAAAAAAAAUCUUGAAGAUUUUGUAAAAAUAUCACAGGUGCAGACUGUUCAUGAUAAGACACUUGAUGAAAUAACUAAGCUACAUGAUGAGAAUGCUGAGUUUCAAGAGCGACUACUGGAGUUAGAAAAAGUGUUGAAAGAUCGUCAACAACAAAACUUGGUACAAGUGGAAAGGAUAAAGCAACUUGAAGCUGAACUAGCGGAUCAUGCAGAAAUUUUAAAGUGCAAAAGAGACGAGUUAGAAGAAGCUAAAACUCUGAAUCAGAAUCUGAGAGAUGAAUUGACUUGUGCCCAGUCUGAACUAGACUCGGUGAAAAGUUGCCCACUGGAUCAAGGGAGCAAGGGAAACUCAUUGUUUGCUGAAGUUGAUGACAGGCGCGUCCAACUCCAACAAAACAUUAACACCAUGAAAUCCAAAUACAUCGACAUGAAACGCGACCGUGCCAGUCUUCUAAAACAAAUCUCGUCUUUACGCCACGAAAAUUCCACGUUGAUUGCGCAGCUGAAUGGUGAACUGAAUGACCGUAAAUAUGAUGAAGAGAGAAUAGUUGACAGCUACAAAUUCCAAAUAGAAACAUUGAACGAAUUAAUUGAUAGCUACAAAAAAGAAUUAAGUGGUCAACCAAACUCUGACGAAAUUAGUGCGCAGGGAUUAAAAUUUUUUGAAAAUAUGUUGGCAACGAAAAAUGCAGAGAUUGAGACCUGGAGACAAAAAUUUUCAGCAAGGUCUAUAAAUUACACCUCCCUGUCGUACGAACUGGCGGAGGCAAAUCGGAAAAUUAGGCAACUAACUUUGGAAAAUUUGCACGUGAAACAUGAAGUAGAAGAGCUGAAAUUGAAAAUCAAAGAAAUAGAAGUAUCGAGUCCAGUUGAACAGGCGCCUCCAGAACACACAGUUUGUGAAAAGUGCAGCAAACCCACAAUCAAGUCUAUAGUGAAGAACACAGAACAGAGUAAUAUUGAAGAAAACAAAGAAAAUGAUGGCACAAAGAGAGUGCAGUUUUCUGAAAACACAAUAGACUCCCACGUAACUGAUCGCAAUAAAUUUAGAAGGGGAAAACCGACGAUUUCGAAAUCUGUCGUAUUUCCUUAAGUUUAUUUAUAUGUACACUCGAGAUAUUUUAUGUUUAACACACGUUUUAUUCGUC